CGUCUGCUUCACCGCUUCCACCGUUUAUUUGUAUCAAUUGCAUCUGUCGUAAUCUGUAUUCUGUCAUUUUGUCACGAGACGCUGAGAGCACCGUUAUGUUCAACGGCGGAUAAGUGUAUUGAAUAGCACUGGGUACCAAGGGAAGCAAGAAUGUUGUUGUAUACGUUGAUCGGUGGCUACAUGCUGACCUCGAUGAUACUAUUUAAGUACCCCACCCUGCUGCAUAAAAAGAAGAAGGUGAAGUUUUUGUGUCAGCACAUUAGCCAUCGGGGCGGUGCCGGCGAGAGUUAUGAAAAUACGAUGUGCGCGUUCAAACGAGCAGUGGGUAUCGGAACACAAAUGUUGGAAUUAGAUUGUCAUCUUACAAGAGAUGGCGAAGUAGUAGUCUCUCAUGAUCAGAAUCUUUUACGCAGUACUGGUAUAGAUAAGAAUAUCGCUGAAUUGGAUUACAAGGAUUUACCACUUUUAAAGCAAUGUUUACCAAUUGAUUUUGAUCCAGAUGUGGAAUAUGUCGGUUCGGCAAAGGAAGAGGAUCGACGAUUUGCAUUGUUACGAGAAGUAUUUGAAGCAUUCCCCAAUAUCCCCAUUAACAUUGAUAUUAAGAUCAAUAAUGAUCGGCUUAUAUCGAAAGUUUCCGAUCUUAUAAAAGAAUUCAAUAGAGAAGAAUAUACAGUUUGGGGAAACUUUAGUGAUGAAGUUACACAGAAAUGUUAUAAAAUGAAUCCAAAUGUAAAUUUACUGUUUUCAAUGCAACGUGUAGCAAUGUUGAUUCUUCUCAUGUAUACUGGCUUGUUACCAUUUGUACCACUAAAGGAAACACACCUUGAAAUUUUCUUACCUUCAAUUUAUUUGCGAAAAAAAGGAGAACCGAGUCCAACAUUUUUACCACUGGAAAAGUUGGUAGUACGUACGAUUAAUGUACUAUUAGUGAGGCCAUGUUUAUUUAAUCAUUUAAGAGCACGAGGUAUACAUGUUUAUUUUUGGGUCUUGAAUAAAGAUGAAGAAUUCGAAAGAGCAUUUAAUUUGGGAGCAACUGGUGUAAUGACAGAUUAUCCAACAAGAUUAAAAUUAUUUUUAAAGAAACGUACAAUAGAAUGAACCGGAUAGAUUUCUAAAUAGUCACAGAUAAUACAAAUUAUUAAAAAAUUUACGAAGUUAUUUAUCUGGGAAGAGAUAUCUGCCACGA